AUGGAAUUUGGUAGAUCAGAUUCUGAUGUAUCCAUCUCUCCAUUGCCCAGGCGUUCACUGCGGUCUCUCCAACCAGAUCCCUUUGCAGACAAAUUCAAGGCGAGAGCCGUCGACGAUGGUGGUCAAAAGUCAGGCAGAGACUGGCGCACAAACCAAAAUAUGAGGAAGAAAAUGAGAAAGGCAAAAGAGAAAGAGAGGGAACAGGAGGAGAGAGAAGCAGAUGGUACCGCCCGUCGAACAAGGAGGAAGCGAUUUGCGGAUCCUGAAAACGAAUUUGGGAAUCAAAGUUUGGUGCAUCGAAUGAAGUAUGGCGACCUCAAAGAGGUGGCUGAUAGUCUGCAAGUGAAACAACCCGUUCAGCCACGGUCUUUCAGGCAAGCUGGGAGAGAUCGUGCCCUCGAUUUUGGAGCCCGGGACGAAACCUCACGAAACGAACAACGACCUGAGCGAUCACAGCAGCAGUUUGAUCGUCCAGGCCGUCAGUCCAAUCAUUCCGAUCGUCAAUCUGAUCGUUCAGAUCGUCAGUUUGACCGUUCAGAUAGACGACCUGGCCGACGGUCUGACAACCCGCCCCAAAGGUUCGAUAACUCGGACCGCAGCGCCCCUCGUCGGGACAAUGCUCGGAACGAUCGAUGGAAUAGCCAGGACGAAGAUCCUAGCGAUGUAUAUGCUGUUGAGCGUGCACAGAGAAAUGGAAUGAUGGCCAUGACUAUCAAAUACACGACCGCCGCCUCUCAGUUUCUUUAUGGUCGAUCGGUAGUCAAGGCAGCCUUGGAGCAGAACCGACGAAAACUAUACAACCUCUACAUCUAUGGUGGCGAAAACAGGGCGGACAACAAGGACAACACAAUUAUGACCCGAAUGGCAGAGAAGCAUGGAGUGCCUAUCACCAUCGUACCCACUCACGAGCAACGAAUUAUGGAUAAGAUGAGCAUGGGACGACCUCAUAACGGCUUCGUUCUUGAAGCUUCCCCUCUACCUCAGUUGCCUGUCAAGUCGCUCGGCAAGUUAGAGGAGAGCACUGGACGUCUUGGGUUCCAUGUCGACCUAGACUAUCAAACUAGAGAGGAGGCAGCAGUCAACGGUACAGACACGUUCAUCCGACGGUCCAACGACGUAGCACCUAAGCCAUUCGUCCUUUUACUGAAUGAGAUCAUGGACCCGGGUAACUUGGGAGGCAUCAUCCGCACUGCUAGUUAUCUUGGUGUAGACGCUGUCUGCAUCACCAGCCGAGGUUCAUCUACACUCACCCCAGUGGUUCUCAAAUCUGCUGUCGGUGCAGUAGAGGAAAUUUCAUUAUUUACGGUUGACGACCCCGUGAAAUUCGUCGAAGAAUCUAGCAAAGCCGGUUGGAAGACUUAUGCCGCAGUGGCACCGCCUGACCGAAAGUUGGUUCGAAGACAUGGUGGCAAGUUCAUCUCUUUGGAUUCCAUUGAAUCCAGUAGUCCGCUUAACGAGCACCCUUGCUUGCUGGUUCUUGGUAAUGAGGGUCACGGUCUAUCAAAGCCUGUCAAGGUCGCUUCUGACUACGAACUGUCGGUUCCUCGCUUUAUUCAGGGAAGCUGUGUCGACAGUUUGAACGUUAGCGUCGCAGCUGGGCUCUUAUGCCAUGCUUUUGUCAAAGAACCAGUAGUUGAGGUCAAGCAUGAGCCAAUCGUGCAAAAGACUGAAACUCAGACUGUCGAGUCUACAGAAGUAGAAAGCAUAAGCGUUGCUGCAGAGACCGAGAUGCAGCCCACUGAACAAGCCCAGAUUGAGUCCGUUGCUAUCUCAGAGCAAACUGAGACGAAAACAGAAGAGAUCGAAGUUACCAAUGAGGAAAAAGAGUCAGAUUCCGAAGGAAAGGAGAAGAAGGUUGAGAAAUCUAACGAAGCGAUGUUUUAA